CAUCCACAAAAAUAAAACAUGGCUUGCACUACUGAUGUGUUUAAGAAUAUGUUUUUGUUUCUCUUGGUCGUCGCGGUUGCAAGCCGCCCAGCCACGGGGAAAAUCUUUGACGUUCGAAAAUAUGGUGCCAAAGGCGACGGCAAAACUGAUAAUGCCAAUGCUUUCAUAAAAGCGUGGGAAGAUGCAUGCGCACGAAGUGGAAGAAACAGAAUUUACAUACCAAGAAAAGAGUUUUAUAUGAGUGAUGUCGAUAUAUUCAAUUUUACAUUUGAGUUAAUACGAAGGAGUUCUCUCCCAGGCACAGAACUCGAGACACGUCCUAGAUCUAUGUUCUCCGGCGCCGGUGAUGCGGGUUCUCGCCGGCGCUGGUCAUUCUCGUCGACGCCGCUCUCCGCAACUACCAUCUUCCUCGGUUUCUGCUUUGUUCUCAGUUUUAUUUGGGUUUGUAUCUUUCGAUUCACUAGAGGAAGGAGUAUCCGACGGACCUUUCACCGGAGACCAGCCCAUCGGCUCCUCGUCUCCGCUACAGUCCUUCCGGUGAUCUUCUCUCCUUGGUGGAUUUUCUCUACAGCGACGAGUAGAGGGGGUUCCCUCGCCAUCGCUGCUUUUGGGUUCUCGGGUUCAAAUCCCGGUGACCCUCUCUCUGGCUGCCUACGGACAUGUCUCGACGUCGAUUCUGUCCGCGCUCGUCAACCAUUCAUGGAGCAUAGAUCUCAAAGUAAAAACUCCCCCUUUCCGUCUCAGGGAAGUUGUGAGACAUCUAACCCAACAAAGGUUGCUCCUUUCUCCAUCUCUGGCGCCAGUUUACAAAGUAUCUCAAGGUUAGAUCCGAAUCUCGUCGGAGUUUCUUCACCCUCCUCGCCUUCUAUUGAGAUACCAUCCCCCCCUACGUGUUCUCUUUUCAAUGGAGGCACUGUCCAUCACCGGCGGAAUGCUUCCGGUGGCACUUCCUGUGUUCGUUUUAUGUGGAUUAUCGGAGGAAGUAGAUCUAGACGGAUGAUACGACGAAGACGAGAGCUUCGACUCUUCGUGGUGCUUCUCUCUGUGGUUCUCCCACUCCGAUUGGUUCUUCUCCCAGCGAUGAGUAGAGAGGGUUCUCUCACCGCCGCUCUGUUAUGGUCUUCGGGUUUGGGUUCAGAUCUCGUUGUACCUCCAUCUGACUGUCGUGUGUCAAGCCAAGUUGUCGACUUGAUCCAAAUAUUUCAACUGCAUACGGAGCUUCGUUCUCAACCGCCACACUUUAUCUCUCCGUUUCCGAGGAGACUUGAGGCCCACAGGACAGUGUGCCCAGCUGCUCCUCAUCUAACCGACGACAGAUCCAUAACCACCGCGAGUUCAGUUCCGAGUCUUUGCGGUGAAGCUUCAAUCUUUGGCGCCUGGGGUCAGGCUAGUCAUUUAGAGAGCUCAUUGAGUUCACCAGAGCUUGCUCUACCUCAAUCACCUUCCUCUUCGGAGGAGAAACCUUUACCACCAUACACUCUGCCUAUGGUAAGAGUUGCUUCCUCGGACUCGCUUCCGAGUGGUUGUUACAGUUUCCCUAUCGUUUUGUUAUCUUGCGGAGCGGUCUCUACGGGACCAGAAGAUACAAGCGAGAUUACCUUGGUAGUUUUCGUAGAUGGGGUUUGGACUCCAACGUCACUUGUGACUAUUCUCCAGCUGUACGAUUUUAUCGUGAAGGCUUUCUCGACGCAUUCAAGCAUCGUCUUGAGUUCGCUGUCAUCUUCGAUUGAAGACCUAUAUUAUCUAGCUUAUCUAUAUGUUGUAGUUUAUGCUUAUUGCCAAAGAGGAUGGAUCAUUCCCUCUUGCUAUUGUAAUGGAGAAAUUUGAUUAUGAAUGAAAUUAGU